AUUUUAACGUGAGAGACAAUUGUUUAUCUGUCCGCCUCUACGGACUGCUUUUAAAGCGAGUUGAUCUCGCGCGAUCAUCAUCGCAAUGAUUUUUUCCUUCGACUAGCCAACACAGUCAGUCGCGGGCCUUCGCUAAGCCCGUGUCGUCGCCAUGGGCGUUAACGGUCUUUGGACAGUGAUCCAGCCAUGUGCACGGCCUACCAAUCUGGCAACGCUCAAUCGGAAGCGUCUUGCCGUGGAUGCUUCGAUAUGGAUAUAUCAAUUUCUUAAAGCUGUCCGUGAUAAAGAAGGCAAUGCGCUUCGCAACUCUCAUAUCGUGGGAUUCUUUCGGCGCAUCUGCAAGCUCCUCUGGUUUGGCAUCCUACCAGUCUUUGUAUUUGAUGGUGGUGCCCCAGCACUAAAGAGAGCAACCAUUCAGAAGCGCAAGCAAAGACGUGAAGGAAGACGAGAGGAUGCUAUCAGGACGGCAGGAAAGCUCCUGGCUAUCCAGAUGCAGCGGCUUGCCGAAGAGGAAGAAGAGAAACGCAGGAGAGAAAGCGAAAGGCCACACGCAUCAAGAGCGGCGGAAGAAGAGGAGGAAGUCAUUCCUGAUGUCAGCAAGUUGGUCUAUGUUGAUGAGAUUGGUAUGUCCCAGCAGGAGAGAAUGCGGAACCGCAAGUUCUAUAAGCAGGAUGCCUAUCACUUGCCUGAGCUUGAAAACGGUAUCGCAUCAAUGGGGAAGCCAGACGAUCCUCGAAUAAUGAGCGUCGAAGAACUGGAAGAGUAUGCGCGACAAUUUAAUAACGGAGAGGAUAUCAACCUGUACGACUUUAGCAAAAUUGAUUUUGAUGGCGACUUCUUCAAAAGCCUUCCACCACCGGAUAGAUACAAUAUUCUCAAUGCUGCUAGACUGAGGAGUCGUCUGAGAAUGGGCUUGAGCAAGGAACAGCUUGACGACAUGUUCCCCGAUCGCAUGGCAUUCUCGAGAUUUCAGAUCGAAAGAGUUAAGGAGAGAAAUCACCUCACACAGCGGCUUAUGUAUGAAGUCGGAAUGCUGGGCACUGACUUGACGCUCAAUGUCAAUGCUCGAAUCGCUGGAGAAAGGGACCGAGAGUAUAUCCUGGUCAAGAAUGAAGGCGUGGAGGGAGGCUGGGCUCUCGGAGUAGUCAGCAAAGAGAAGGAUGUUGGAGAAGCUCACAAGCCAAUCGAUGUGGAUGCCAUCCAAUUCCAAUAUCAGACAAAAGAAGAGGAGAGCGAAGAGGAAGAAGAUUUCGAAGAUGUGCCGAUUGUGGGAAUUAACCGAUUACCGAAACUAUCACAGUCUGCUUCUGCGGGUCUUGAGGCUGCUCAGGACAUUAAUAAUCGACGACAACAAUUCUACGCAAGCAACAGACAGGGAGCUGUCGAUGAAGAUGCUGGCGAGGGAUCUCUGUUUGUUGAUGGACAACUAGAGCCGACGUUGAACUUGCUUGCCGAUCAGCCUACAGAACUGAUGCAUCCUGAAGAGGAGCAUGAUCUUAAUCUUGCUAUUGCUCUAUCGUUACAGAAUCAACACGGUAUUGGCCAAGAGCCGAACGAGGAGUCAGAUGUCGAGGAUGAAUCCCGAGAGAAGCCGGAGUGGACUCAAGUCGCGGUGGAAGCACCCAGGCCUAUCGGCCGCGGCGGGGGUUCUAUGAUCGCGCAUAUCGUAAACAAUAGAGCCAAUGCUGCCGUUCCAAAACGACAAGAUGUCCCAAUAACAACGGAAAAGGAGAAAGACAGUGAUAGCGAGGACGAUAUGCAAGCAAUCUUGGCCAAGUCACGAAAGAUGAAGAAAGCUCAACCGAAGCCAGUAUUCGAGAACAAAAAGAAUCCAUUCGAUGGGCCUCUCCCAUUUCCCAAGUUGGAUUGGGGAUCUUCUCUUUUUGCGAAGAAAAAAGUAUCAGAGGAGAAGCCAAUUGUAGUGACGGCUGGUGGGGUGGAGAAUGCCAGACCAGACACUGAAGAAAAGGAAGUCGAAUCAGGCGGUGGCUUUGAGAUUGAACCGCAGAAAGAAGAUGGUCCUAAACCGCUCCCUCCUUGGUUACUAGACAACGAUACAGAUAUCCGAGAAGCUAUUAAGAAACAGCAGGAUGUUGAAAGAGAGAUAAAUGCUCAAGAUAGAGCAGAAGUUGAAGAAGAGGAAAGGCUUCGGAAACGAGAGCUAAGAGACCAAUUGAUUGAGAUUGGAUCUUCAGAUGACGAAGAUGGUAGUGAUGAUGUUAAGAUCAUCGAAAUACCUCCGUCACCUGGACCGGAACCAGUUUUCAGUCCCGCAAAGGUCGACCAAAACAAAGAAGAAGAUGAAGGCAUAGAAGCGCCUGGUGCCGAAUCAAGUCAGCCUAAAAAUAAAGAGAGGGAAGAAGAAAAUGGCGAAUCGCUUGAGCCAGAGUUUGAAGAGAUUCCUAUGAUUGAGGCUCCCAGUGCUCCAGUUGUACCUGUUAUAGAAGCGGAAGCACAGGACAGCUACGACUCUCCAGAACCUGAAUUUGAAGAUGUUCAGCCAGCAGAAAACCUCAUAAUUCAAGAAGAUCUGCCUGUCAAUUCCGUUUUAUUUGAGGAUAUUCCUCUUCAUCAAACUCCAGCUGUGGCUAUUCCUGGGAACACCACAAUUACAGACGAAGAGCUCUUUGGCAGUGAAGAGUACGAUGAAUUCAGCGACCCUGAAGACGAGGAGCUAUUGGCACAAAUGGCUGAAGAAGCCGAGGAACACGCUCGAUUCGCCAGCGAACUGAACAACAAAUCUACUGAACAGAACAGGGAGGAUUAUGAAAGAGAACUGAGAGCUCUUCGAAGCCAGCAGAAGAAAGACCGUCGCGACGCAGACGAAGUGACGCAGACGAUGAUUACAGAGUGUCAAGCUUUGCUUCGCCUCUUCGGCAUCCCAUACAUCACCGCGCCAAUGGAAGCAGAAGCGCAGUGUGCAGAGCUAGUCCGACUCAACAUGGUAGACGGCAUCGUUACAGAUGAUUCGGAUACUUUCCUCUUUGGAGGAACGCGAGUUUACAAAAACAUGUUUAAUAGCAACAAGUUUGUCGAAUGCUACGUUGGCUCAGAUCUUGAUCAGGAAAUGUCUUUAUCUCGAGAACAGCUCAUCUCUCUCGCUCAGCUUUUGGGAUCGGAUUAUACAGAAGGACUACCCGGAGUCGGUCCAGUCACGGCCGUGGAAAUCCUCUCUGAAUUUCCCGGCAAGGAUGGGCUUGAAAAAUUCCGCGAGUGGUGGCAUGAAGUUCAAUCCCAAGUGCGACCCAAGGAGGCUGAUGCUUCCUCUUCUUUCCGGCGCAAGUUUCGCAAGGCACAAGCAACCAAACUCUUCUUGCCGGUUGCCUUUCCCAGCCCAGCCGUCUACGAAGCCUACCUUCAUCCUGUGGUCGAUAGCAGCACGGAGCCGUUUCAAUGGGGCGUGCCAGAUGUGGCAGGGCUGAGAGAAUAUCUCAUGGCGACGAUUGGCUGGAGCAAAGAGCGCACAGAUGAAGUGCUAGUGCCGGUCAUUCGGGAUAUGAAUAAGCGAGAGAUUGAAGGAACGCAAAGCAACAUUACAAGAUUCUUUGGGGGGAGUGUUGGUGCUGGCGCCAGAGAGACGUUUGCUCCCAGACAGAGAGUUCAAGGAAGCAAGCGGAUGGCUGCUGCAGUAGAUAGACUGAGGGCGAAUAUUGCUUGCGAGGGGGAGGCUCCGGAGAUGGAGGACGGCUCUGGGGCCAAUAAGCGGAGGAAAACAAGCAGACGGAAGUAAUAGGGGAGAGGGGGCAACGGUAUUUGCGAAUUAUUUAAAUCUGAUAUAAGUGGAAAACCUUUUUGGGGUUUUGGAAUAGUGGAAGUGCAAUCUGGUGUUCAAGCUGAUAGAGAGCAAUGUCUUAUGGAGUUUGUCGAGUUCAUCCCAUGUGAUGAGCACGUUUCGGCUUCAUAGCCAAAGCACAAGGCACAGUCACUCCAUUUAUUGACGCACUUGGUAGGUUGCUUACAUAUUGUCUCAUAAAUAAGCAAAAUAAACGACAGCAUAUACCGC